AUGAAGAGCAGCAUCAAAUUUAAAGCCAUAGGUACCCAGUCCGUAGCCCCAGACUACACCUCUCCCAUCCUCGUCAGGGGGUCACUGCUUGAACCUGUGAAAAUCACUCCUCAAUACCCCGAAGGGCCUUGGGGCCACAGUUCUCCAGGCUGCCUCGCAAAGUCUGAGACUCCGACCUGGGUUAUCUCGUCGAUUCACACUCUGGAAGAAACAGGCGACGGGAUCGACACAGUCCCCUACAAGGGGCUUCAUCUGACCAUCACCAACCUGGCUAAUGGCUAUGAAGCAAGCUGCAUGCCCAACACUGGCUUUAGCUACACCAAUAGCCCACAAUUCACUCGUCUAGUCUGCUCAGGCGAUGAAUUCCAGGGAGAAGACAGAGUCGGACAGUAUCCCAUCUCGACAUCGGCAUCCUUCCAGGACUCGACAAAGACCUUAACGAUCAACCAGACCUGGUAUUGUGAUGAUGUCGACCCAGCUAAACCAGUCCAAAUCACCGCCAGCGCAACCGCUUCCCUCCCAAUGUCCUGCACAACCAGAACCCUCCCCGAAACCAACCAAAUCCAAACCCUCUGCACCUCUUCCGGCCCUUUAUCCCUCACAGGCACGAUCUCCUCAACCACGACACUCGCCCCCUACGUCCUAACCGACCCCCGCCCAACCCGAGACGGCUGCACGCUCACCUCCCUCCUCAACCCUCGUUGGACAUUCUCCCAUUUCCGCAUCUACAACGGAAGUGUUCCUUCCCCAGAGUCAAUCCCGCCUAUUGGCGUAGACCCUCAAACGCCGAUCAUCCCGCAAGGAGUGAGUUUCGAUAUCAUACUUGCUGCUGAGGAGAGAGGGUUUCAAUAUCCUAUUGAGGUGUACCAGGGGGAGGAGAAAGAAGGGGGAUGGCAUGAGUGUGUAAUCGGGCCAGAUGGAGAGAAUGGCGUAGCACUUUGGCCGUAUUGGUGUGAGUUCAGGUGGGAUGGGGGAACGAGGGAGUUGAGGAUUAGGGCGAGGUGGGAGUGUGAAGAGCUAAGUUCUGUGGAGAAGUAA